UUCUCACAUCAUGUUAGAUGAAAUUAGCUGUAUCUGGUUGCAGUGGUAAUGACGGUUAAAGAGCAAACAUUUUAGCGAAAGCUUAAAAGCGAAAAUGAUGAACUGGUAUAUGAUCUACAUAACUGUAGGGUUAUUUGGCCCUACUAUAUUUCAAGAGACUCUAAUCUCAGAAUUUUUUGGAGACAUAACUCCAUCUACAAGCAAAAUUGUUUUGAAUGGAACAUUGGAAUUGAACUGCACCAUUAAUGCUGGAAUGAAUAUUUCAUCAUUGUAUUGGGAAACACCUGAAGGAAAAGCCCCACUCAAAAAUACGCUCAUUAUAGGCAACAAUACACUUCAGUUGAGAAAAUAUGUCACCAACGUAUCGGAAGAGGGCACUUACCUUUGUAGAAGUACUAGUGAAAAGCAAAUGUCAAGGACUCCACGCACAAACGUUGUUGUAGAGUAUGAAGCUAUACGUAACGUAACUAACUUUACCUGCAUGGUAGAUAAAGACAAAGACGAACUGCAGUGCAGGUGGAAAUUAGGGACAUACAAUCAUGAAGAAUAUUUGAGUAUCAUGGCCUCUGUGUCCUUUGAUUACGGUGUCCAUUUCAUAGACUGCCCUGAAAAAUUGCCACAAGAGAGCUGCACUUGGAGUCAAGGUGACGGGGACAUAUAUGCCAUUACAAUAUUUAUCAAUUUGACAAUCACUAACACGGAAUUCAAGUUCACAAAGUCAUUUUUCUAUGACUUCCGUAAUCAAAAAAUACUGCGACUUAGCCCACCAACAGACGUUACCUCUAGAGUAACGUCUUCCUGCACCUGUGUCAAUCUUACCUGGAGCACCGGAGAAAGAUUCAUAGUUACUGAAACAAAGAUUUAUCUCAACUCUAAGUGGAAUGCCACUCCAGGGGUAAAUGAGAUAGACAGGUUCAAAACAGCAAUGAUUUGUGGCCUUAUUCCUGAUUCUGCCUAUGAGUUAGAUCUACAACAAAAACCGACUGGGGGUAUCUACUUUAGUGAUCUGACAACGGCUAAAUUCAAUACUUGUAUGACAGCUCCCACGAAUGGACCUGGGCUUUCAUCCAGUGGUUAUUUGUCUGCAAAGUGUGACAGUCCCUUGAAAUAUCGCUCAGUAAUGAUAUAUUGGAAGAAAAUUCCAGAAAUGUAUCAGAAUGGCGCAAUACGCAAUUAUAUCGUUAGCUCUGACGGAUUGAAGAACCAUACGUUUGGAGCGAGAAAUCUCUCCGGAAGCGUGCUGGUGCCAUGUAAAGGUCGUCAUAAUAUUAGUGUUACAGGUUGUAAUUCUGCUGGUUGUUCGCCGCAUUCAUCUAUCAUUGUAAGGGAUAAUAAGGAACUAAACCCUCCAGACAAGUUGAUAGUGGAGCAAGCUGGUGGUGAUAAAAUGAGUUUGACUUGGUUUGGAUCUUCGUUUGCAUCUCAGAGUGUUUCAAAAAUACAUGUUAUUUGGUGCAAAGGGGAGGCUGCUGUUCAAAAAUGCCGGGGUGAAAUAAACGUACUACCAAAAGACACCAGUCUUACCGGAAAUCACGUGCUGGUUUCCAAAAAAGACAUAAAUGAUUCGUUUGGUGAAAUCAUUUUUGGUGUUGCCCUGUUGAAUGGAGAAAAUUUAAGUAGUGGUAUUCGAUGGCAGGAAACAUGCAGAUACACUAAAGACACGGUGAUGCCGAAGCCAUCAGAUAUUAGACUACUUCCGCUUCCUCCAGAUGACAGUCUUGCUGUGUCAUGGUCUCGUGUCAAAUGCGAUAGGACAAGCGCAAAAAAUGCUUACGUUAAGUCAUACAGAAUACAAUAUUGUCGGUUGAACAACCAUGAUCAUUGUAAAGGGAACAAAGCUGAGGUCAGUCUAUCUGCCGACGGCAUGACACGGUACACAAUCCAUGAUCUUGAGGAUGAAAAGAAAUACGGCAUAUGGGUUGCUGCAGUAUCUUUAAGAAAGAAUAUUUCAUAUAGUGAUAUGAUCAUUGGAAUUCCAAAGAAUAAUGAUUUGACAGUUCGUGAUAUUUCUUUUAUUGCUGCUGGGAGUGGAUUUCUUUUCAUUCUUGCAAUAUUUGGUCUUGUAUGCAUUAUCAGGCAAGCAAUCAGAAAGCUAGGUUUCCAAGAAGAAUUUCCUAUCCAAACUAUUCAAAUUGAAGAUUGCAAGCAAAUUAAUCAAGAAAACAGUCGUUAUAUUGAGCCGAGUGAAGCAGAGGAAUACAUCUCCUUUAUACAAGCAGAGAAAUCCGAUCGUGAUGUGAAGGACACGCCUUUUUCCAGACAACUCAGCGAAGAUAGCGGGCACAGCAGCAUUUCAUCAACAUUACGUGAUUCAAAUUUUCCACUUGAUGAUUUGUUAAUGAAAGAUCAAAAACUUCUGUUAUGUGUAGAUCACAAGCAAGUAGUCUGCCAAUCAGAGAAAGUAUUAGAUUCAGGGGACGAGUUAAGAUCUUCAAGCAGUGAUACAUUGGGGUACAUUCCUCCGGUCAAAGAAAUCAUGGAAUACGACAAAUUUUUUGAUGAACAUGAGGAACGGAUGGAAAAAUACAACUACAGACAUGGUUAUAUGAGAAACCAAGAAGAGGAAUUAAAAUGCCCUAAAAAUCUUGAUUAUGUGACUAAUAGCACAACGGAUGUAAAGGACGAACAUUUUUCAGUUAUAAGUCUUACAGGAAACAGGGAUACCGAGAUUCACAGUUAAUUUUAUGGAGGAUGGGUAUAUGUUGAACACAGAUCCAACAUAAAAUGACAAUCUCAGACUGAUUAUACAAAAAGAGGUUUUCCUCGAAUGACCAUAUAAAAUGUUCCCAAGAAAAAUACAGAUGUAUUUUUCUUACUUUAGACGAUUCAACCCGAAAAUACACACAGAGAUUAAAAAAGAUGAGAAAAAUGUUGGAUUUUAUAU